CAUAAUAUAUAGAAUACGAGAGCAGUACACAGAAGUGAGUAAGUGAGAGGGGAGAGAGAAGAAAACAUAUAUCAACACUCUCACAUAUAUAUACAAGUAGUAGUAGUAGUAUCGUAUAGACCAAUACAGAAGCUAUGGUGAUGAUAUGGGAAGAUGUAACAGUUGAGAGGCCUGAAAGUUUUGGAGAACACAAUAACAAUAAGAAGUUAAUGCUGAAUGGAAUCACUGGUUUUGCUGAACCUGCUAGGAUUAUGGCUGUUAUGGGUCCUUCUGGCUGCGGCAAAACUACCUUUCUUGACUCUUUCACUGGAAAACUUGCUGCAAAUGUUGUAGUAACCGGCAACAUUCUAAUCAAUGGGAAGAAGAAAAGCUUUUAUUCCAAAGAAGUGUCCUACGUGGCACAAGAGGAACUUUUCUUGGGUACUUUGACUGUAAAAGAGACCCUCACAUACUCGGCAAACAUAAGGCUUCCUUCUAAAAUGACCAAAGAAGAGAUAAACAAAGUGGUGGAAAAUACCAUAAUGGAAAUGGGUCUGGAAGAUUGUGCAGAUACUAGGAUUGGAAAUUGGCAUUGUAGGGGUAUUAGUAAUGGUGAAAAGAAGAGACUUAGCAUUGGACUUGAAAUUCUGACACAACCAUAUGUCUUACUUCUUGAUGAACCUACUACUGGACUUGAUAGUGCCUCAGCUUUCUAUGUGGUUCAAUCUCUAUGCCACAUUGCUCACAGUGGAAAGAUAGUUAUCUGUUCUAUUCACCAGCCCAGUAGUGAGAUUUUUAGUCUGUUUGAUGAUUUGCUUUUGCUCUCAAGUGGGGAAACUGUUUAUUUUGGAGAAGCAAAGAUGGCUCUAAAGUUUUUUGCUGAUGCAGGUUUCCCCUGCCCUACUAGAAGAAAUCCUUCAGAUCAUUUCCUUAUGUGUAUUAAUUUGGACUUUGAGUUGAUUACUGAAGCACUACAGAGGACACAGUUAAAUUUGAUACCAACAAAUUCAACAAUUGGAAUGAGAACAUCAGAGAUCAGAAGGAUACUCAUUCAGAGUUACAAAAGUUCAAAGCUAAUGAUCAAUGCAAGAAAAAGAAUUGAACAACUGAAACCCAAUGAAGAACAAGAAAUUAAGCCCUACAUAGGUAGCAGUACCACAUGGAGGAAGCAAUUAUGUACAUUGACUGAGAGAUCUUUCCUAAACAUGACUAGGGAUAUUGGUUACUACUGGCUGAGGAUUGUAUUCUACAUACUGGUAGGAAUUACUAUUGGCACCCUCUUUUUUCAUAUUGGCACAGGCAACAACUCAAUCUUGGCUAGAGGAAAGUGUGUAUCAUUCAUCUAUGGGUUCAUGAUUUGUUUGUCAUGUGGAGGAUUACCAUUUUUCAUUGAAGAAUUGAAGGUUUUCUAUGGUGAAAGGUCCAAAGGACAUUAUGGAGAGGCUGCAUUUGUAGUGUCAAACAUCAUAUCUUCAUUCCCUUUCCUUGUUCUAACAUCACUCUCCUCCGGAAUAAUCAUUUACUUCAUGGUGCAAUUUCAUCCGGGUUUAUCUAAUUGUGCAUUUUUCUGUAUCAACUUAUUCUGCUGCCUAUCUGUUGUUGAGUGCUGCAUCAUGAUUGUUGCCUCAGUGGUCCCCAAUGUGCUGAUGGGCAUAGGAACAGGAACUGGUGUAAUUGUCUUCAUGAUGAUGCCCUCUCAAAUAUUCAGAUCAUUACCUGACAUUCCAAAGUUCUUCUGGCGCUAUCCCAUGUCCUACCUCAGUUUUGCUGCUUGGGCAGUGCAGGGACAAUACAAGAAUGACAUGCUGGGGGUUGAAUUUGAUCCUUUGCUGCCAGGAGAUGCUAAAGUUAGUGGAGAACAAGUGCUAUCAUUGGUAUUUGGUGUUCCAUUGGAUCAUAACAAAUGGUGGGACUUAACAGCAUUGGCUACCUUAUUAUUAGUUCACAGAUUGGUUCUUUACUUGGUGCUUCGGUUUGUCAAAAGAGCUCAAUCACCUAAACUGUGGUUCUAUGCCAAGAAAAGUUUACACUUUGCAGGAAGAUGUUUCUUCAGUAAGAAGCCAUCUAUCUCUUCCAGGAAACAAGCUCAGCAUCCAUUAUCAUCUCAAGAGGGUCUAAUGUCCCCAAACCUUGCAAUAUAAUACUUUAAUAUGGUGAUGUUAGUCAACUGUCAGAAUUUUAAUGAUAUGAAGUGCCAUUAAGCAUCUCUGAUUUAAAUCUUUAAAUCAGUUAAUUU